AUGUCACCACAAAGCUCCAACCAGGCAACUCACUAUCCUACUACUCAACGGGACGACGACGGGCUCAGCAGAUCUGAUUCUGAACGACGGAGCUCGCUUUCUCGUCGUAGAUCGGCAGCCGCAGCAGUAGCAGGAUAUAGCAAUCUUUCUUCCAACACUGAUAUUCGGCUGCGAGAGCUAAAGCCAAGCAAGUCGAACUCGACGACUCUCUUUUCAGCAGACGACGGCCACACCAAGACAGCUGAUAGCUCGGCAGAGGAAGACUCGGAUGGAGACAUGGCAGUCGGACGUCCUAGCAUGCAAUGUCCGGGUGAGAGUCGGUCUAAGGUACCGCUGUUGAAGGGUGAGAACCGUGGACGGUCUUCGAGUGUCGGGCCUGCGAGCAUCGAAGAAGGACGACCGUCCUUAACCAGAGGACGGUCAAGUUUUAGAAGCAGAAGCCCGGAUUUUGGGGCGAAGAAUGCCACGAGGAAGAAAUAUCUUAUUGCUGCCUUUGCCUUGGUCAUCAGUCUCAUCAGUUUUACCGUCCAGACCCAGACUGCCGUCUAUAUUCAACAGGAGUUAGGAUGGAACAAACCGUACUGCAUGCUCUAUCUUACACACGGGUCGUGGAUCUUUCUAUGGCCAAUCCAGCUUCUCGUUCUUCGGGUCCAAAAAAGACAUCUCAAGUGGCCUGCUUUCUGGCGUAGACAUGUUUAUAUCCUACGAACAACAGCGCAGAUGGUGGAAUCCCAGGACCUACACCUCACUACCCGCGAGUCAAACAAGUCGCCGGUCCCGUACAUGGUCAAAACGACAGUCUUCGUUGCCUUGGCUCUCACCAUAGCCGGGGGCUCUUGGUACGUUGCCGUUGACUUAACCACCAGCAGUGACUUGACUGCAAUCUAUAACUGUUCCGCCUUCUUUGCCUACGCAUUCUCGAUCCCACUACUCAACGACAAAUUACGAUUUGACAAAGUCUUUUCUGUCUGCGUCGCCAUCGUUGGAGUCAUCAUUAUUGCAUACGGCCCCGGUGGACCUCCGGAAGGGCAGUCGGUAACAUCAUUAUUGGCGUUGGUAGUGUUCUUUAUGGGUUAUACGAGGUUUUGUUUAAACGGUUUGCUUGCCCGCCGGAAGGGACAAGCUCAGGUCGGGGUGUUAUCUUUGCAAAUACUUUCGGGAGCAUGA